GUUAGGCACGAUCGAACCUUCUCAGAUCAGGAUCGGCACGAGCCCCCCUCUGUGCCGCGGUGAACGACGGGCUAAGCCGGAUUACAGGUGGGAUGUUGCGGGGAAGAGAAUAUCAGAAACUGCCGACCCAUCAACACCAAAUUGAAGAAGUAAAAAACAUUGACCCACGGACUGGCCACAUCGUUCACAGGCGGACGGAGCGAACGGCACGUGCAGAGCCAGAAGCUAUUGGAGGCCACCAUUACCACCACUAUACUGAAAGCAUCGGUAGUCGUGGAUCGUCCGAAUCUCGUUCCCAACGGAGACAAGUAGACCUGUUGUCAUCGAGCACGCCUGGUAACGAGGCUUUUCAGAUAUGUGAUCACCAGGAAACAGAGUCUAGAUCAAUAGGGCAAACUGGAUCGUAUGUGCUGAAAUCCAGGGUCUCGUCAACCCACGAUAAACGCACCCACGUGUUUCAGGGGACUCCACCACCGGGAGAUCACGUGAUUACUUCCACAAAGUUCGAUAGGCUUAGUUGGGAG